AUGAAGUAUUUAGUAAUGUAUUAUUUAGGUUAUUAAUAUUUUGGAUUGAAAUAAAAAAUUAAGUUAUAGAUUUUUUUAGAAAGAAUUGUAUAUUAGUGAUAGAUAAUAAUUUAAUGAAACAUCUUGUAGUUUUGAAUAUUAAAUCUAAGUAAUGUAAUAGUGAUUGUCAAUUGUUCAAAUAGUUUUGGGUAAUAAUAAAUUUAAAUAUAAAGUUAGAGAAUGGGAUUUGAAAUUAAUCAAAUUACAAAGAUGGAAAGAAUAAUCUAUGAAUGUAGGACAUGUUUGAUUUUUAAUUUAAUGAUAUUUAAAAUGGGAUAAAUUAAUAUUAAUAUGAGAAUGUGGAAGAUGCAGUAUAAAAUUUGUAUUUUUGAAAGUAUUCUUAUUUGUUUAACACAUUUUUUUUAAUGUGAAAAAAUGCUUUAAUUUAAUACAUAUAUCAGAUUAAAUGCAAGCUGAAAAUGACCAUCAAUAAGAGAGUUCGAAUAACAUGAAUAAUCAUCGUUAAAAAUCUUCAUAUGUAUGAAGAAUUCUAAAUAUCAUAUCAGUUAAUAAGAUAGAGACGAAAAAUUUAUGAUGACAAUGACUUUAGGGAGGUUGUCAAAAAUUUUUACAAUUUAGUCUCGGAGAUGAAUAGAGGUUAAUAAUCCGUUUAGGCAUUAUUAGUAAAGAAAAUAGGAAAAGCUCCUAUACGUAAAUAGCCUCAAUAAUUGAAAUAAAGAAAUACAAACAAAAAUAAGUAAGCAACAAAAGAACUUCCUUAUUGUAAAAGAGAGAUGCAUUAUGGGCCUGAUUAAUAGGCUAAAUAAUACUUUAAUUCUUGUUUCAGUCAUUAAAUAAUGAGUCAUUUAUUACCAAAUUUUGAUCAACCAUCUGGAAAAUAAGCAGCUUUCUUUAAUGAUAAACCUGCACCUCAUCUCUAAUUUAAACGAAAUCAAAUUCACAUUUAAACAGCUUAUUAAAUAUAUAUAAAGAAGUUUGAUUCUAGUUAAGUUGAGAAUUAGGAUCCCACAUCAAUAGCUAGAAAAGUUAUGAAUUCCAACUUUAAUUCCAAAGUAAAAAUUCAUUAAAGAACCAGACCCAAUACUAAGAAGAGGAGAAAGAGAGUGAUAGAUCAGAUAAAUUAAAUAAGUCUUAUGAAGAUGGCAAAAAUAAGCCUUUAAAAGAAUUAGUUCGAGAAUUUUAGAGUGAUUAAUGAUUUUAAAAUAAAACAUCCAAAAAAAAG